GCAUAAGCGUGUCCUCCCCAGCAGCAGCCGGACACAGAGCAGCCAUGGCACCAGCUCUCAUUUGCACUCCUUCGGUUUUGUCUUUUAUUUAUUGCAUAUUGCUGUUUGCCGGUGUGCUCUGUGAUCCUGCUACAGAAGAAGACGACCAUGCCAAGCACACCUACACCGUAGACAUGUUCAAUGCCGCUGUGCCCACAGCGCCGCACUUUGUCAUGUUUUAUGCUCCUUGGUGUGGGCAUUGCCAGAGGUUGCAGCCGGCGUGGAAUGAGUUGGCCGAUAAAUACAACGGUAUGAACGAUCCUCCAGCGUAUGUGGUGAAGGUCGACUGUGUUCAGGACACCAAGUUCUGCUCCAAUGUCCACGGAGUCAGAGGUUAUCCAACGCUGAAGCUGUUCAAACCAGACCAGGAUGCAGUUAAGUAUUCUGGACCAAGAGAUCUCCAGUCUCUGGAGACUUGGAUGCUGAAAACCCUUCAGGAGGAACCUGCUGAAUCUCAAACUGAACUUGAGCCCCCGAAGGCUCCAGAACCAAAGCAGGGAAUGUAUGAACUGACUGCCAACAACUUCAAGGCUCACAUUUCUAAAGGGGCCCAUUUUGUGAAGUUCUUUGCCCCAUGGUGCGGUCACUGCAAAGCCAUGGCCCCAACCUGGGAGCAGUUGGCCACCAGCUUCGAGCAUUCUGACGACGUCAAGAUAGGAAAGGUGGAUUGCACACAGCACUAUGAGGUCUGCUCAGAGAACGGCGUGCGAGGAUAUCCCACUCUGCUCUUCUUCAACAAUGGACAGAAGGUCGAUCAGUACAAGGGAAAGCGAGACCUGGACUCUUUCAAAGACUUUGUGGACAACCAGCUGAAAGCCGUAGUUGCUGAGGAUGUCAAGGAUGAACCUCAGGGUGAAGUCAAGUCCAAUGAAAUCCCUGCUGCUGACGAUGACGAGGAUGAAGACGAUGAGGAGAAGUCUGCAGUGUUGGUCCUGACAGAGGACAACUUUGAGGAGACCAUUGCCAAAGGAGUGACAUUUGUAAAAUUCUACGCACCAUGGUGUGGCCACUGCAAGAACCUGGCCCCCACCUGGGAGGACCUGGCCCUCAAGGACUUCCCCGGACUUACCGACGUCAAGAUCGCCAAAGUCGACUGCACCGUGGAACGCACAGUCUGCAACAAAUACUCUAUACAAGGAUAUCCCACCUUGUACAUCUUCAGAGCGGGGGUGCAGGGAGACGAACACCUGGGCGGUCGGGACUUGGAGAGUCUACACAGCUUUGUGAUGAAGCAAACAAGGGACGAGUUGUAAACCAUGGGCUCCAUCGUCCCCAUUGUCCACGCUGCAUAUUUGGGUUGUAGGACUCCAGCUGCAACCAAACUUUCUGUUUCCACUGCUCAAGGGGCAAAAUACUGUCAAAGGUUGGUGGGGUGUGGUUUUUGUGUUACUGAUGUGCAACUUCAAAUGGUUCUUGAGAACAAAAGUCAAGUCGUCGAGGCUGCAAACCACUCAAAUAGCACUGUUCAGUCAGGGUUUCUGAAAAUGGCUUGUCCCGUACAAUGCUGGGGAUUUGAAUAAAUAAUACUUUUUUAAAGUAAAUUUUAUAAAAUCGAUUGUUGCAGUCACUUUAAUGUGAAGCAUGAUGUUGAGGGUACUUCUAAUCACUGCUAGCCUAUGAGAGCAAACUCAGGGAAACACCAGCCAGUGAGGAGGUUUCAUUUCCACCACAUGUAACACACCCACCAAUCACUUCCUCCUUAAACUUGCUGCUCUCAGCCUUAGACCUGACAUGUUUCUUUCAUCAAGCACCUGCUUCAACAGCGAUGUCUGUGUUGUCUGAGGAGAUGUGAACGUCAAGAGUCUGUCUGUCAGCUCAGCUGAGUUGUGUUUGUGCCAAUGAACGGUCUCUCUUAUACAUUAGAGUUUGUUUUACCACUGAAACUCACGACAAGUCACUCUGAGGGCACUGUCAUGUUAUGGCCAUGGUGUCGCCAGAUUCUUUGACCUUUGUGAUAUAUAUAUAUAUAUACACACACACCAGAAUAUACAGUACAUGUACGAGAAUGAAACAUUCAGACCAAACUUUCUUUUGUCAUUAAAAACUUUAUGGAAAGCACGUGGCUAAGAAACUCCAGUGACAGAAGGUUUUCUUUUUUUAUUCUCCUUGUGAGUCAUGGGUUGUGCACCACCCAUGAGAUUUGUAAAAAAAACAAAACAAAAACAUAAGUGAAUAAUGGCGCGUUGUAACAUGAGAUUUCAUAAUAAAACUUUUUUUCCAAAA